AUGGCGACAGCUCCAGCAGGUCAUUCAAAGGCAGAGGAGCGCAGAGUGACCUUACGUGGCAACUUCCCAUCUUCGAGACCCGAUUUCUCAGGGGCUGCCCGGCUCAAUGAAGGACAUUCCCGUGCUCCGGUGGCUACACUAGAAAUGACUCCGGGGUUGGCUUUCAUUGCUACUCUCAAAGUAAGAGAAGUAAACUUGCAUUUUGAAAUCAGAGAGGACAAGGUUUCUCCCCUUGUUCAUAAGCUAGGCAACGCUAAAUACCAGUGUCACUACAUCUGUUGUGACUUAUCUUUCCCUGGCAACAAGUUGGUGUCUGGAGAUCACUGUAAAAUCACAGUGGAUGAAGAGUCUGGUCAGGUGUCAUUGGAAGAUACAAGUACUAAUGGAACAAUAAUUAAUAAACUGAAAGUGGUUAAGAAGCAGACAUACCCUUUACAGACUGGAGAUGUGAUCUAUGUUGUUUACAGAAAAAAUGAGCCAGAGAACAAUGUUGCUUAUCUCUAUGAAUCCUUAAACACACAGCAUGAUGCAACUCAAGAACCAGUAGAAGUUAAUGUAGAAAACCUAUGCCAUGUGACCAAAGAUACCUCAAGUACAGGAAGAAGUAAUGAUGAGACCCAAAUUACCUCCUCACCGUCAGCUACUCAGUCUUGCUAUGAGGAACCACAGCCAUCUACUUCUACAUCUAACCUCUUUAAUGCUUCUACCUCUCUUAUUGAGUCUGCAUCUGUUGAGCAGGAUAAUCCUUCGACAUCUGGAUCACAGUCCUCAAUUUUCACUCCUGUCCCUGCUUUCUCCAUCCUAGAAUCUGUGUGUCUAAGAACAAUGCAUGAUGAACACACAAAGCUGGAUAUAAACACUGAAACUUCUACAGUCACUUCAGAAUUUGGUGACAAAGAAAGAACAGAAUCAGAUUCGCAAAGGACAGAAGAGGAAGAGAAGGAGGAAGAUUUGGAACCUGCUAAGAAGAAACUAAGAGAAGAUGAAGAAGCUUGUCCAAAUCUUCCAGCAGCAGCACCAAGUGAAUGUAUAAUUAAAAUAGGCUCUGAAGAUGCAAAAACAUCGAAUGUAAAACCAGAUAAGAUGGAAGAAACAUUAACUUGCAUUAUAUGCCAAGAACUCCUGCAUGAUUGUGUAAGCCUGCAGCCUUGUAUGCAUACUUUCUGUGCUGCCUGCUACUCAGGAUGGAUGGAAAGAUCUUCUCUCUGUCCAACUUGUCGUUGUCCAGUAGAACGUAUUUGUAAAAACCACAUCUUGAACAACCUGGUUGAGGCUUAUCUGAUUCAGCAUCCAGAUAAAUGUCGUAAUGAGGAUGAUGUGCGUAGCAUGGAUGCUAGAAACAAAAUUACUCAAGAUAUGUUGCAACCUAAGGUGCGGAGAUCUUUUUCAGAUGAGGAAGGAAGUUCUGAGGAUCUCUUGGAAUUGUCAGAUGUUGAUAGUGAAUCUUCAGAUAUCAGCCAACCAUAUAUAGUUUGCAGACAGUGCCCAGGCUAUCGACGACACUCUGUUCCUACUCUUCCUGGCCCAGGCCAAGAGACAGAGGCUGGGGGAGUGCAAGCUCUGGGAGAUGCUCCAUCUACGUCUGCCAACUUCCCUGCAGCUGUCCAGGAAUAUGUGUGCCCUGCUCAAGGAAGCCAUGUAAUAUGUACCUGCUGCUUUCAGCCAAUGCCUGACCGAAGAGCAGAGCGCGAACAGAAUCCUCAUGUCGCUCCUCAGCAAUGUACAGUUUGUCUGCAACCCUUCUGUCACUUGUACUGGGGCUGCACUCGGAUGGCAUGUUUUGGCUGUCUGGCACCAUUCUGUGAAAUAAAUCUUGGUGACAAGUGUUUAGAUGGAGUCCUAAACAACAACCACUAUGAGUCAGAUAUCCUAAAGGAUUACCUGGCAUCCAGGGGUCUGACAUGGAAAAAUAUGUUAAAUGAAAGUCUGUUAGCUCUUCAAAGAGGAGUUUUUAUGCUGUCAGAUUACAGAAUUACUGGGAACACGGUGCUUUGCUACUGUUGUGGCCUUCGCAGCUUUCGAGAGCUUGCCUACCAGUACAGGCAGAAUAUUCCUGUUGCUGAAUUACCAGUGACUGUCACAUCACGUCCUGAUUGCUACUGGGGGCGCAACUGUCGAACUCAGGUCAAAGCACAUCAUGCCAUGAAAUUCAAUCACAUCUGUGAACAAACACGAUUCAAGAACUGAACACUUGCAGUUUGUAAGGAGGGGGCAAAAAACAAUAAUACUGCUUGUACAGUUUAAGAUUUCAGGGGAUCUUCUCAAUUUCCCCCUAGCAGGGAAUCAAUAACUCUUGCAUCAGAUAAUCUGAUGUGAACUUUUUAAUUUGUAGACUUUUACAGCUGUAUGUGAGUAAGGUAGGUUUUUGGUUCUGUUUUCAAGAAAGUCCAGCACGCGUUGCAUUCCAUCCUCAUGACUACAGUGUUCCUGUAUCACUGCAGUGAAGAA